CUUUUCAGCUGAUAAUGGAUUCCGAAUUUUUAAUUUGCCCAUACAAUCAAACACAUCGGGUUCUUCGAUUCCGUAUGCCCGCUCAUCUUAUAAAAUGUAAAAAGUACUACCAAGGCGAACCUCUACAAACAUGCCCAUUCAACGCUACACAUUUGAUUCGACCCGAUAGAAUGGCAAAACAUUUAGAAAUAUGUGACGAUUAUCUAACUGCUAAAAUGGAGAAGUUCUACGCGGCCACAUCUAGUGAUGGCAUUUAGCUAGCAAUACAUGCAAUGCAAUAAUAAAGUUAGUUCUCGAUAUUUAUUUUUCAAAUGUGGAUUGAUUGGGGCAAACUCCACACCGUAUCCAUACAUACAUAUAUGUUUCCAAAUUAAUGCUACAAACAUACGUUAUUUCAUAGUGCCGAUGUUAUGAGAUAUCUGAAUAAAGUAAUCCUUGUAUAACAACUCA